UAUGUGUCUAGGUGAAUUCAGUGGUUCAACAUGACUGCAAUAAGCAAAAUACAAUGAGUAAGCUAUGACUUGGUAUGACACACACAUAGACAGGCAUUGCUUUCGAGUCAUUUCAGUCACCACUUCCUACAUACAUAUCACCACAACGUGAUCACUAAAACAGUAUUCACCACCCGUACCCUUACCAUGAAGUGCUCACCACUGAUCAUAACAUUGAUAAUAUGCGCGUCUGUGGCGGUCAAUGGCUAUGACUAUAAUGUGUCCGUCCUCUGCGCCACCACUUCUAUGCCAAACAUCGGGAAGUGUGGCAACACUUUCAUUCAAGAGCUCCACGACUCCCAGAAUCAGGUCCUCAAGAACUACGAGACUCGUGGCUAUUGCUGUGCUUUGAAUCGCCUGAAGGACUGUAUCGUUGGACACGUGCCCGACAAGUGCGGUGACAAUGAGAUGAGACAAUUGGUGGACCCUUUCGUUGAGGCGGCCAAACAGAUAAUGACCCCAUCGGGUGAUUGCCGUGACUACCGGACCUUUCCGGGCCUUUGGGCCUUGUGUCAGCCGGAUUGGCUGUUGAUUGCGGAGGCGAUUGGUUUGGUGAUCGUAUUCCUGGUGAUUGUCUCAACGGUGGUCAGAGAUUUGCAGGCAUUGAUUUGCAGUCAUUUCAGUCACCACUUCCUACAUACAUAUCACCACAACGUGAUCACCAAAAGUCUUCACCACAACACCCUUACCAUGAAGUGCUCACAACUGAUCAUAGUUAUGAUAAUAUGCGCGUCCGUUGCGGUUAAUGGCUAUGACUUGAAUGAGACAGUCAUCUGCGUCACCACUUCUAUGUCAGACAUCGCUCACUGUAACGACACUUUCAUCCAAGAAAUCAAAGACUCCCAAAACCAGAUCCGCGGCUACUGUUGCGCCUGCAAUGACCUGAAGGACUGUAUCGUUGAACACGUGGGCGACAAAUGCGGCAACACUCAGAUAAGACAACUGGCCGACCAUUACGUUAAGACGGCCAUAAGGAUAGGAUACCCAUGGGGUUAUUGCGAUGCCUACCGGGGCUUUGGGGGUACCGUACUGUGUCAGCAGGGUAUCGGACAUCUUAGGAUCCAUUGA